UGGAGUCGCUAGUGAAACGUUGUGUGUAUCUAGUCUAACUGUUGAAAGACCUCAAAAAUAUAAACAAGCCUGUUAGACGAGAUUCAUGAGUGCUCAUAAACGCUAGUGAAUGAAUAAUUCUGAUCCCCAAGUAAAGUUAAAUAUAUUUAAAAGUGUUAGAUAUAUUCCUUUAUAAAAUAAUAAUUAAUUUAAGACUGAUUUUCGCUACCUUGUUCAAGUUGUAGCGAAAUUAACCUCAAAAUGGCAUUACGCACGUACGGUGACAAACCUAUAAGUUUCCAAGUGGAAGAGAAUGGGGAGUAUUAUUGCAUUGGUUCAGAAGUCGGGAAUUAUCUGCGUCUGUUUCGCGGAUCCCUUUAUAAACGAUAUCCUGGCAUGUACAGGAGAUCCAUAACUAAUGAUGAACGCAAGAAACUUGUGGAACUUGGAUUGAGUCAACAUGUACUUGCAUCCAGUGUUUCACUUUUGAGAGCUAGUGAAGUAGAGGAUAUUAUUGAGGGCAAUGACGACAAGUACAAAGCUGUGUCAGUACACUCAACUGAACCACCUGCACCUAGGGAAGGCAAGACCAAGAAGUCAAUGGCUUGGGUCCCUAGUCUGCCAAAUAGUUCACACUUGGAUGCAGUUCCUCAGGCUACACCAAUAAAUCGUAAUAGAGUACAUAAUAAGAAAGUUAGGACCUUCCCAUUAUGUUUUGAUGACACAGAUCCAUCAGCAAAUUUAGAAAAUGCAGCACAACAAGAGAUGCUUGUUCCAAUACGUUUAGAUAUGGAAAUUGAAGGACAGAAAUUGAGGGACACCUUCACAUGGAAUAAAAAUGAGAGUCUCAUAACACCUGAACAAUUUGCUGAAGUACUAUGUGAUGAUUUAGACUUAAAUCCACUAACAUUUGUUCCCGCAAUCGCACAAGCGAUAAGACAGCAAAUAGAAGCAUUCCCUCAAGAAACAAUAUUAGAAGAUCAAUGUGAUCAACGAGUAAUAAUUAAGUUAAACAUACAUGUGGGUAAUACGUCAUUAGUGGAUCAAGUGGAAUGGGAUAUGUCUGAGAAAGAGAACAAUCCAGAAAAGUUUGCAAUGAAACUCUGUGCGGAACUCGGCCUCGGUGGAGAAUUCGUUACAGCUAUUGCUUAUAGUGUACGUGGACAAUUGUCGUGGCAUCAGAGGACAUAUGCGUUUUCCGAGGCGCCGCUACCCACUGUAGAAGUUCCUUUCAGACCUCCAUCGGAAGCAGAUCAAUGGGCACCAUUUCUGGAAACUUUGACGGACGCGGAGAUGGAAAAGAAGAUACGUGAUCAAGAUAGAAACACUCGACGUAUGCGACGUUUAGCAAACACAACACCUGGCUGGUAGAUAAAGUCAGUAAACAAUGCGGUAUGUGAGAGUAUUUAGAAGAGGAUUUAUACAAUCUAAUAUGUUUUUUAAUUGUCAGUUCAUGACAUCUUAUAAUUUUUAGUAUGUGUUCUAUGAUAUUU